AUGGAUGACGACACACCAGAUGAGGGCCUCGCAGAGAUCAGGAGCAGGCAGCUUGGAGGCUGGGGUCUUGUUCAGAUAGCUGCUGGCACCGGGCUUGCUGUAUAUGCCAUGUGGGUGGGAAUCCUUCAACCAGGCUUCAGAAAAGUCCCACUGAGGUUACAGGUACCGUUUAUCCCAGCCAGCAAAACUCAGGUACAAAAUGUAAUGACAUUGCUGAGAGGACGACAGGGAGGUCUUGUAGAUUUGGGAUCUGGGGACGGUCGUAUUGUCUUGGAAGCCCACCGUCAUGGUUUUAGUCCAGCUGUUGGUUAUGAGCUCAACCCCUGGCUUGUGCACCUAGCUCGCUUUCAUGCCUGGAGAGCAGGUCACCAUGGAAAAGUUUCAUACAGACGAGAAGAUCUCUGGAAGGUCAACUUGACAAAAUGCAAGAAUGUCACUGUGUUUUUGGCUCCCAGUGUGCUUUCAUUACUGCAGGAGAAGUUGCAGGCUGAGCUUCCUGAUGAUGCCUUAGUGGUAGCUGGACGGUUUCCCUUACCAGACUGGAAACCCUGCAAGAUCGAGGGCCAAGGUGUGGACAGGGCCUGGGCGUAUAACAUGCAAGCACAAAGACAGAAAAAUGAUGACCUUGUAGCAACAGGAAGUCAUGCAGAUAAUGAUAUAAUCAAAGUAAAACCAUCCUAAAAGCACCUGGAUGUUCCCUCCUGGGUUACACAUGUAAAAAUGUAACUUAUUCUAACAACUUUUAAAAACAUAACUUAUUCUAAGAAGCACAGAAAUGCAUAAUAAU